AUGUACGAUUGUACGAAUAGGACAUCUUUUAAUAAUGUAGAAUCAUGGGUUACCGAAGUCGAUAAACAAUCAGGAGGAUCCGCGAUUAAGAUCCUAGUCGCAACUAAGUCCGAUGCCCUCGAACGAACAAUCUCUACGGAAGAAGGACAACAAAAAGCUAAGUCUCUUAACAUGCUCUUUGCAGAGACUUCCGCUAAAGCUCCAAGUCGUGUUGAAGAACCCUUUAAUAUACUCGCCUCCGAAAUUAUCAAACAAACACAAGCAGAGUUGGUGUUGCUAAUUUUCCUGAAUUUUUUAUUCCACAACACCCACAUGAAUUCUCCUUUCCUUCUUCUGGAAGUGUAUUCGAACAAGAGACCAUAUUUCACCCCAGAGGAACAUAUUGAUGAUAUAAAGUUUGUGGACGAUGGAAAGUUCCUCUCGGACGAUAUAACGCGGAAGGCUUGUGUGUUGGGCAUUUGUUUGAUGCGAGAGAGCGGCACGUCACGCAAGGUACCUGCGUUGAGAGUGUCAGAAUAUGUGGACGGCCAGGUGGAAUUGAUGCCUUGUGAGAGUGUAUCUAUAGCAGAGGCUUUGGUAAAAGAGAACGUGAAGAAGAAGUAUUAUCAUGUGCUUGAUGACGCGGUAUGGCGUUGUGAUGACGCGGUAUGGCGUUGUGAUGACGCGGUAUCGCGUUGUGAUAUGUGUUUCCAACAGCCUUGUAGAGGGUGCUCUGUGGACUUGAGUGAGGUUGUAAGAGUGCAGAGAGAGCAGGUGGAUUUGGUAAGGGUCCGGAGAGUGGCGACGACAUUGAGAGCGUUUUAUGAUGAAGUUUGCUUCCGUGUGUGCUUUGUCAAGUGGGUAUGGUUCUGUGUUGGCAAAGUGGAUGAGUAUCAAGCAGGGUGCUUUAACAUCCUGCAGCAAGUCCAAUGGCCGGUUAUGCGGCCUGUCCGGUGUGUAUCUGGGGUCACCUAUAAACCAGACUUUUUGAAUGGGUCGGAGGCUGAGACGAUACUGCGUUUCGUCGACAGUCAAAUAUGGACUAUGUUGUUGAAGCGACGAGUGCAACACUACGGCCAUCAGUUCCUUUACGACCGGUUAUACAUUGACAAACGCAAGGGCGUCCCUAUACCAUCGGAAUUCAACUUCUUGAUCUCAAGACUAUCCCACACACUAGGCUGGGUACCCGACCAAUUAACUAUCAACGAAUAUCUCCCCGGCCAGGGUAUUGGCUUCCACGUUGACACUCAUUCCGCCUUCCACAACGCCAUAGCUGUCGUCUCUCUCGGCUCCGGCCUAGACAUGUCCUUCAGACGCGCGUGUGGUCAAGAAUUCGCCCGGACAAAAAACCACCCUGUCGUCAAGGAAAAAAACAACCCUGUCGUUCCCAACGAUCAAAACCUCAGUGAUUCAGGCUUUAAUGAUUCAGGCUUUAAUGAUUCAGGCUUUAAUGAUGCGGGCUUUAAUGAUUCAGGCUUUAAUGAUGCGGGUUUUGUGGAACUCAACUUGAGGCUGGAGUCGAGGUCACUGAUGUGUUUCGCUGAUGAAGCAAGGUACGGUUGGCAUCACGGCAUCAAAAAUAGACGACAAGAUUUUGACCACAUGUUGGGCCACCCGAUCCCCCGAGAGCGACGGGUCAGCCUAACCUUCCGACAACUCAACUGGACAAACGAUUUCCAAUGCCACUGCAAGUACCCGCAUCUCUGUGACACGCAGAAUCCAGCAAGCUUGAAAACACCAGACCGGGUCAGUGCAUGA